CGGCAUUAGUUGAAUUGUUCUAUUCGUGCGGUGAGGACGAGCGUUUCUGCGUGCAUAAAGAAAUUUUUAUUGUAAAAUAAAAUUUUAAUUGCAGUAUUUGAGAUUUUUUAAAUAGUAAUUUAUUGUGAAAUUAAAUAUUACAAAGAUGCCAGAAGAAUGUGAAACCUUUGCUUUCCAAGCUGAGAUUGCUCAGCUUAUGUCGUUGAUCAUCAACACAUUUUACUCCAACAAGGAAAUCUUUUUGCGUGAAUUGAUUUCUAAUGCGUCUGAUGCUCUCGACAAGAUCCGUUAUGAAUCAUUGACUGAUCCAACCAAAUUGGAAUCAGGCAAGGAACUCUACAUUAAAUUGAUUCCAAAUAAGACUGCUGGUACUCUGACCAUCAUCGAUACUGGUAUUGGUAUGACUAAGUCAGAUUUAGUUAACAAUUUGGGUACAAUUGCCAAGUCAGGCACAAAGGCUUUCAUGGAAGCUCUACAAGCUGGUGCUGAUAUAUCUAUGAUUGGUCAAUUUGGUGUAGGUUUUUACUCUGCCUAUUUGGUUGCUGAUAAAGUGACUGUAACAUCAAAACACAAUGAUGAUGAGCAAUACAUUUGGGAAUCUUCUGCUGGUGGUUCAUUCACUGUUCGUCAUGACAACUCUGAACCAUUGGGACGUGGUACUAAGAUCGUACUCUAUGUUAAAGAAGAUCAAACUGAAUAUUUAGAGGAGAACAAAAUUAAAGAAGUUGUUAACAAGCAUUCUCAAUUCAUUGGUUAUCCAAUUAAAUUGUUGGUUGAAAAGGAGCGUGAUCAAGAAGUAAGCGACGAUGAAGGCGAAGAAGAUAAGAAAGAAGAAGAAAAGAAAGAUAUGGAUACUGAUGAACCAAAAAUUGAAGACGUUGGUGAGGAUGAAGAUGAAGACAAGAAAGACAAAGAAGACAAGAAGAAGAAAACAGUCAAGGUUAAAUAUACCGAAGAUUUGGAAUUGAAUAAAACUAAACCAAUUUGGACACGCAAUCCUGAUGAUAUUUCUCAAGAAGAAUAUGGUGAAUUCUACAAAUCAUUGACUAAUGAUUGGGAAGAUCAUUUGGCUGUUAAACACUUCUCUGUUGAAGGUCAAUUGGAAUUCCGUGCUUUGUUGUUUGUACCACGUCGUACACCAUUCGAUCUUUUCGAAAACCAAAGGAAACGCAAUAACAUCAAGUUGUACGUUCGUCGUGUAUUCAUUAUGGACAACUGUGAAGAUCUCAUUCCUGAAUAUCUUAACUUCAUUAAGGGUGUUGUCGAUUCUGAGGAUUUACCACUUAAUAUUUCACGUGAAAUGUUGCAACAAAACAAAGUAUUGAAAGUCAUUCGCAAAAAUUUGGUUAAAAAAACUAUGGAAUUGAUUGAAGAAUUGACUGAAGAUAAAGAACAAUACAAGAAGUUCUACGAUCAAUUCAGCAAGAACUUGAAAUUGGGUGUACAUGAAGAUAGCAACAACCGUGCUAAAUUGGCUGAUUUCUUACGUUUCCACACCUCAGCUUCUGGUGAUGAAAUUUGCUCAUUGUCUGACUACGUUUCACGUAUGAAGGAUAUUCAACAACACAUCUAUUUCAUCACUGGUGAAUCUAAAGAACAAGUUACUAAUUCUGCCUUUGUUGAACGCAUCAAGGCCCGUGGCUUCGAAGUUGUUUACAUGACUGAACCAAUUGAUGAAUAUGUUAUUCAACACUUGAAGGAAUACAAAGGUAAACAAUUGGUAUCUGUUACCAAGGAAGGUUUGACUUUGCCUGAAGAUGAUGCCGAAAAGAAGAAGCGUGAAGAAGACAAGGCUAAAUUUGAAAACUUGUGCAAGGUUAUGAAAUCAAUUUUGGAUAACAAAGUUGAAAAGGUUGUCGUAUCUAACCGUUUGGUCGAUUCACCAUGUUGUAUUGUUACAUCACAAUUUGGUUGGUCCGCUAACAUGGAACGUAUUAUGAAGGCACAAGCACUUCGUGAUACCUCAACCAUGGGCUAUAUGGCUGGUAAGAAGCACUUGGAAAUCAAUCCUGAUCAUGCUAUUAUUGAAACUUUACGCGAAAAGGCUGAAGCUGAUAAGAACGACAAAUCUGUUAAGGAUUUGGUUAUUCUCUUAUUCGAGACCUCAUUGUUGUCAUCAGGUUUCUCUUUGGACAGUCCACAAGUACAUGCUUCACGCAUCUACCGUAUGAUCAAGCUCGGUCUUGGUAUUGAUGAGGAGGAGCCAAUGGCUACUGAAGAAGUACCUGCUGCCAGCACUGUACCUCCACUAGUUGAUGACACUGAAGAUGCUUCUCACAUGGAAGAAGUCGAUUAAAUUCGUUAAUUUAACAACAUACAUUACCCAUACAACUUUAUUUUUUUUUACUUUUCAUAUAUUUUUUUUAAGUUCACUUCAAUACUUCAAAAAAUCGGACAUAAGAAUAGUUUUUUUAUUUAUUUUUUUCAGAAUGUCCAUUACAUUUUAUUUCAUAAUUUUUCACCGCGUUUUAAGCGGUUAUUCCUUACACC